CGAAAUACACGCGACCUCCGUUAUCAAUGUGACGUCAUUUGUCGCCUGACUGAAAGUCAGUGGAAGCUGUUGAGUGUUCGUUGUUCACAGGCACACUCGACGUCUGCUAGGGUUAGAAGUCAACAUGGAGGAAAAGAGCAAGGCAUCUAUGCAUCAGCCAGAGCCAGCCAAAAAGAAAAAUCUGGAAGAACUUAAGAAAGAGCUGGAAAUGGACGAUCAUUCACUUUCGGUGGAUGAAGUCGUCGCUAAGUAUAACACUUCACUCAAAACGGGUCUCACCCGCGAUGGUGUGUUACUUGCGCGUGCCCGGGAGGGUUCUAACGUUCUGUCGCCGCCCAAGACAACCCCAGAGUGGGUCAAGUUCCUCAAACAGCUCUUCGGUGGCUUCGCUAUGUUGCUGUGGAUCGGCUCCAUUCUUUGCUUCAUAGCUUACACUAUUGCCUACAUCAGGGACCCCGAGACCGAGCUGGACAACCUCUACCUCGGCAUUGUCCUCAUGGCGGUCGUUAUCAUCACUGGAUGCUUCAGCUACUAUCAAGAGUCAAAGUCUUCCAAGAUUAUGGAAUCGUUCAAGAAGUUAGUCCCCCAGCGCUCUAUCGUUCUAAGAGAUGGUGAAAGUACAGAAAUAAACGCAGAAGAACUCGUUGUCGGCGACAUUGUAUCUGUCAAAGCUGGCGACAGAGUCCCCGCUGACCUAAGAAUCGUCACAGCGUACAACUGCAAGGUGGACAACUCUUCCCUGACAGGAGAAUCGGAGCCUCAGCCGCGGACACCUGAGUUUACAAAUCCGAAUCCCCUAGAAACUAGGAACAUAGCCUUCUUUUCCACUUGCGUUGUCGAAGGAACCGCAACUGGGAUAGUUAAGGUUGGUGACAACACUGUGAUGGGUCGCAUCGCUAACCUGGCCACUGGCCUUGAGGUGGGAGACACACCCAUCGCUAAGGAAAUCCAUCACUUCAUCACCAUCAUCACUGCUAUCGCCUUGGUACUCGGCAUAUCCUUUGGUUUGCUCGCCUUCAGUAUGGGUUAUGAGUGGAUCGAAGCUAUCAUCUUCCUGAUUGGAAUCAUCGUGGCUAACGUUCCGGAAGGUCUGUUGGCCACUUUGACGGUUUGCCUUACACUGACGGCUAAGAGAAUGGCCUCAAAGAACUGUCUGGUAAAGAACCUUGAAUCUGUAGAGACUCUGGGUUCGACGUCCACCAUCUGCUCCGACAAAACAGGUACCUUGACACAGAACCGCAUGACAGUGGCGCAUGUUUGGUAUGACGGCAAGAUCUGGUUGGCCGACACGAGCCAUGAAGUCCAACGUGCCACUUUUGCAAAAUCGGAUUCUUCGUGGGCGGCGCUUGCUAGAGUAGCAACACUGUGCAACAGAGCGGUCUUUAAACCAGGUCAAACCUCUGUCCCCGUCCUACAGAGGGAAUGUGUCGGAGAUGCGUCUGAGUCUGCGCUGCUCAAAUGCGUGGAAAUGGUGUCUGGCGGUACUGAAAAAAUGCGAAAUGAGUACAAGAAAGUAGCAGAACUUCCUUUCAACUCGACGAACAAAUACCAGAUCUCUAUUCACGAAUGGAGCGAGCAGCCUGACUCCCACUACCUUCUGGUGAUGAAGGGAGCACCGGAGCGCAUCUUAGCAGGCUGUGCGUUCUACCUGUACUUUGAUGAAAAACGACCAGUUCGAGAUAAAUUCAAAUUAGCUUUCAAGACUGCGUACGAAGCGCUUGGAGGUCUUGGCGAACGUGUCCUUGGGUUCUGCGAUUAUGCCCUUCCGGCUGACAAAUUCCCAAAGGGCUUUGAGUUUGAUAUGGAGAACCCAAACUUUCCUCUAAACUUGCUUCGCUUCGUCGGCUUAAUGGCCAUGAUAGAUCCUCCAAGGCCAGCUGUUCCAGAAGCUGUAGCAAAAUGCCGAUCCGCAGGGAUCAAGGUCAUUAUGGUAACGGGGGAUCACCCAAUCACAGCGAGGGCAAUAGCUCGCAAUGUUGGAAUCAUCUCUUCAGAUAUGCCAACCGCCGAUGAAGUAUGUGAGGCCCGCAAGGUUCCCAUCUAUGCGCUCCCACCGGGGACGACGACGGCUGUUGUGAUCAAUGGGGCAGAGCUGAAAACUAUGAGCCACACGCAUCUUAGAGACGUCCUCAUGAACUACAGGGAGAUUGUCUUCGCCAGGACCUCCCCGCAGCAGAAACUUAUCAUCGUGGAAGGCUGUCAGAAACUUAACCAGAUCGUCGCUGUUACCGGCGAUGGUGUGAACGACUCCCCGGCAUUGAAGAAGGCAGAUAUAGGCAUUGCCAUGGGAAUCGCUGGGAGCGAUGUUAGUAAGCAAGCUGCUGACAUGAUUUUGUUGGAUGACAACUUUGCCUCCAUCGUCAUUGGUGUCGAAGAGGGUCGCCUCAUCUUCGACAACCUCAAGAAAUCUAUCGCCUACACGCUGUCCUCGAACAUUCCAGAAAUAUCGCCCUUCCUCUUCUACAUCGUAGCCGGCGUGCCCCUGCCGCUGGGCGUGGUGACCAUUCUUUGCAUUGACCUGGGGACCGACAUGCUGCCGGCCAUCUCUCUGGCCUACGAGCGCGCGGAGAGCGACAUCAUGAAGCGGCAGCCACGAGAUCCGGUCGCAGACCGACUGGUCAACGAGAGGUUAAUCGCCAUGUCUUAUGGUCAGAUUGGCGUGAUUCAGAUGAUAGCUGGCUUCUACAUCUGGUACAUCGUCAUGGCGGACAAUGGAUUCCGCACAAGUGAACUCUUUGGUCUGCGCAGUGACUGGGAUUCCAAAUGGAUAACAGAUUUGGAGGAUUCUUAUGGACAGCAGUGGACCUAUAAGCAGAGGAAGAAUCUAGAAUUUACCGGCCAGACCGCAUUCUUCGUGACAAUAGUCAUCGUGCAAUGGGCUGACCUCAUCAUCUGCAAGACAAGACGCCUCUCGCUUUUGUCACAGGGCAUGACCAAUCACUACCUGACACUGGCUCUUUUGUUCGAGACUGUUUUGGCUUUGAUUCUGUGCUACACUCCCAACAUCGAUGUUGCUCUGAGGACAAAACCACUCAAAAUGAUGUGGUGGCUUGUUCCGAUUCCUUUCGCGGUGCUGAUCAUCGCCUAUGAUGAGUGUCGUCGCCUGAUUCUUCGACGAAAUCCUGGGGGUUUCGUGGAGCGAGAAACAUAUUACUAAACGAUGGAAAGCCUUUGACACAGUUUUCAACAGUAUUUUUUUUUAAACAAGAACCUGCAAUGCCACAAGAACAAUCAACGAACUUAGGAACAAGACCAGAAAGUGUUCAUCACCACUUGGAAAUUUCAUAACAGUUCAAGCACAAGUACAACAUAUUUUUUAAAAGUGCUCGUUAAAAGACUGGUACGAAGGUGUUUCAGACUAAUUCAUUACAAACAAUGAAGGAUGAUUUCAAUGUCAACAAGGCCUGUUUUUCAGCAGAACUGUCAAGCGCUAUUUUCCCAUCUGUUUCUGGCUAGAAUAACAGAACAUAAUUAUUAUUCAGACUUGAAAACAGCUUUCAACAAAGAAGCAAAAGGAAUAAUGACGAUAAGUGCUGCACUCAAACAUUUUUUAUACUCCCCCUUUCCUGUCACUGGGUGCUUUUUCCCGUGAUUUAGGGUAUAUGACAAAAAAUCUAUAUUUUAGUGCAUCUAUAAAAUAGAAGUUUUUUAUAUAUUACUUUUAUAUAUUAUAUAAAUUAUAUCUAGUAUUCAUAUAUCUACAAAAUAUGCUUUUUAUAAAUAUAAAUGAAAGUGGAUAUUUCUAUUUUAUAUAAGUCAAUUGGCCGACUGUUUUUAUAGCUGUUAAGCUUAUAUACUUUCAUCGAUAACUAUCCUUUGAUUCUUCAAAAUAUUAUUGGGAACACUAUCACUACACAAAGCAAAAUAAUUCUACAAACUGGGACAGUGUGACAGAUCUUCUGAACCAAGACAAGCGAACUGUGAAUUACAUAGUAGCUUUAUCAUUAUGUAUACUUAGACUGUACUAAACUCGACUUUUUGUCCAGUUUAUGAACAUUGUUCUAUGUUAGGAUAAAUAAAUCACAGGAAAUAAAAAAAAAUAUU